GUUAAUAUAUGAUGUUAUUGUAACAAGAUUGUCCGAUCUUAUCAUCUUGAAUAUAGUAGCUUUUGCGAUAUAUUCUGAAUAUCCGUACAUAACCUAUACAUUCCCAUACCUUCAUAUGGCGCCUAUGCGUUAUAGUUAAAAGUCACGCAUGUGUGAAAGUUGCAGUUUCUUCAGAGAUUGGAGUUCACGUUGUUUCAUACAUGAAAAAUGUAUAUUAGCUACAUUUGUUUUCGUGAAGUAGAUAUCCACGGAACUCUCAUGCAGCUAAUUUAUUAUGCAAAACGGUAAAAAUCGGAGAAUUGUGACCGUACUAGAAAACGAAAUGUUUGUUUUAAAUGAAUAACGCGAUGUUUAAUGGUGUAACUUACGAGAUGAAAUAUGUGGAUAAGUUCAAUGGGACUGUGCUAUAUAGUGUAAAUCACAUCACUGAAGUACAGGAACAGUAUGUCUUAUCGUUUCUGCUCAUAAUGGCUUAGUACGUUCUAACGUUUUGCCAAUACUCUUAUGAUGACAACGGGAGGAACUUAGUUUCCGACAAACCACAAAGAACAACAAAGUAACUGUCACACAUCCAUGUAGAAUUUGUGAUAGAGUGGGGCAAGAUUUCAAAAGGACACAAAGAAGCACUCAUUCUCACAGAUCAUGUAAUAUGGCUUCAAGUGUCAAGCGUGAGUCAGAGCCUGAUAACGAGGUUGAUCCGUUAUCAACCCACAAUGAACAUGAGGUCCUCGACAUAAAACAGGAAAAGUACCUUGAGCCUGUGGUGAUGACAGAGACUGAGUUCAUCACAAGUGACAUCAAGCCACAACCUGAUUCAGACGAUGAUGCUCCGUUGCCUUCGCUCGGACAUGGGGAGCUGUUUGAAAUGAUACUUGAUGAAAGCCCUGCAUCCAUAAUUACAGAUCAGCCAGAGAAUAUUCCAAUACAUGUGUGUGAGCAUGAUCACCGUGGAUCAUCACAGUCAUCUAAACGAACUCAUGUGUGCGCAUUCUGCGGAAAGUCGUUUAAUCGCAAGCAGCACCUAACAGACCAUACACGUAUGCAUACCCAAGAGCGACCUUACACGUGUGACUUGUGUAAAAAGUCAUUUUCUAGGAAAGGUUACCUUAAAAUACACCUUCGCUUACAUAGUGGACAUCAGCCUUUCUCUUGCAAGAUUUGUAGCAAAUCGUUCAACCAGAAGAGUCAGCUAGAAACACACGUUUUUGAACAUACCGGAGGAGGACCAUAUUUGUGCGAUAUAUGUGACGAGGCAUUCAGUGAUAGAAUUAAUCUCAUACUCCACCAAGGUGUCCACUCAGCACAUUAGCAUGUGUGUAAUCAUAUUGUUCUGUUUCUCACCGCACAGGUAACUUCAUGGUAACUUUGCUGAUCUCUGCAUGACUGGGUGCCAUUUCUUAAAGGUUACAGCAACAAUCAAAAUUAACACAGUCAUAAUCUCACUUCCUUGCUGGAGUUUUGUUUGUUGGGCCAGACAUUUUUCCAUGAAAAAUGGAUUAUGAUCGUACUGUAUUUGUAACAGAAGAUGAAAGAAUGAAAAACAGUCACUAAUUGCUAUAUACUUGAACUGUUUCAACUGUUGAUAAGAUGCAGUUCGAAAGUUUCUCUGCAUUUGAAUGAUAUAUACAGGAGGAAAUUCAAUUUAGGUACACAGUGGCAAUAGCCUUUCAGUCAUUCGACAGGUUUGGUACCAGCAUACAGUCAGUUUCAACUUGCCAGAUCAUGAGAUUGGCAGUGAAGAUGUUAAAAUUUCUCACACUGCUGUAACACUGUACUGGAUACAAUUAGAUAAGUAGGAAACACAUUAACAUCACUUAUAUGUUGCAGGAUUUCUGAAGAAGAGUUGACAAAUUUCAAAUGGGUAGCUGUAAGUGUAAGUAAAAGAUGUCAGAUUCUGCUGCUGAAAUUAUUUUCCAAAUAUAUGCUCUUGUAGAGAUACAGGAAUGCUAUUCCUAAUGUGACCAACAGCCAGUUGUAAGGUUCAUUAAAAGAAAUAACACAGUAUCAUUGUGAUUUUACCUGUAACUAACUCCAUUGUGCUGAGUACUCAAGAAGUUCCCAAACAUUUUAUGAAACCUGAAGGUUCAUUACCAUGACCACAAGAGCCGACAACUGG